GUUCCUUGUUCCAUACCUGCUGACGGCAAUUUUCGCUGGUAUACCUAUGUACUUCUUGGAACUGUCUCUGGGACAAUGGUUGAGUAUAGGUGGGCUCGGUGUGUGGAAAAUUUGUCCACUUUUCAAAGGUAUCGGCUAUGCUUCUGCUGUAAUAGCAGCCUGGUUAAACAUCUACUACAUUGUAAUUUUGGCGUGGGCUAUUUACUACCUCUAUCACUCCUUCGCUGACCCUCUUCCUUGGGCUACCUGUGACAACCCUUGGAAUACUCCCCUCUGCUUGUCUGAUUACAAAAGAGAAUUCAAAGUCCUCAACUGUUCUAAUGGGACGGCUUGGUACUCUCAGAAUUUAACAUCUGGUGUUCGAGAAUUCUGGGAACGCAAUACUCUGCGGAUAACCAGUGAUGUUGGCAUACCUGGAACUCUGCGCUGGGAGUUGUCAAUCUGUCUUUUGGUUGUGUGGAUUCUCUGCUACUUCUGUAUUUGGAAAGGAGUAAAGUGGACUGGAAGGGUUGUUUAUUUCACCGCAUGUUUUCCCUAUGUUCUCAUGUUCAUACUCCUGAUUCGAGGCGUUACGCUUCCUGGGGCUCUGGAAGGAAUCAAAUUCUACGUAUAUCCAGAUCUAGGAAAACUCUCCGAAUCGCAGGUGUGGAUAGAUGCUGUCACUCAGAUUUUCUUUUCCUACGGCUUGGGUCUGGGAACACUGAUCGCAUUGGGAAGCUACAACAAGUAUAAUAACAAUGUCUGCAAAGAUGCCAUCUGUAUCUCCCUUCUGAAUAGUGCCACUAGUGUGUUCUCUGGAUUCGUCAUCUUCUCUGUCAUUGGCUUUAUGGCCUACGAGCAAAAGAAACCUGUCAGCGAUGUCGCAGCCUCAGGGCCUGGAUUGGCUUUCCUAGCGUACCCUAAUGCUGUGGUACAACUUCCCAUGUCACCAGUCUGGGCCAUACUCUUCUUUCUGAUGUUGUUGAUACUGGGAAUGGAUAGUCAGUUCUGUACAAUGGAGGGUUUCUUUACGGCUGUGAUAGACGAAUAUCCAGGACUUCUGAGAAAAAGGCGGGAAUUCUUUAUUGGUGUAGUUUGUUUUGUCUCGUACCUGAUUGGGUUGUCUAUGGUUACCGAGGGUGGUAUGUACGUGUUCCAACUGUUUGAUAACUAUUCAGCCAGCGGACUCUGUCUCCUUGUCCUCAUUUUCUUCGAAUGUACAGCUGUUUCUUGGGGAUACGGUGUCAAGCGGUACUACGAAAAUCUCCACAGUAUGUUAGGUUAUUAUCCAAGAUCAUUCUGGAAAUUUACAUGGGUAGUCUCGACCCCUGCCCUGACGGCAGGUGUCCUAUUAUUCCGCUUUAUCAAGUUUAAGCCCGUGACGUAUCUAGAGUAUGAAUUUCCCACGUGGGCUCACGUGAUCGGCGGUAUCAUGGCUCUGUCGUCUGUUUCUCUGAUUCCUAUUUAUAUGGUCUUCAAGUUACUCACGACUCCAGGAUCUAUAAGUCAGAGAUCCCGGUUGUUGGUUCGUCCCGAAAUCGACCUUCCAGAUCGAGUGGAAUCCCCUCCUCCAUACUCAGCGGUUUACACAGGUGACAGGGUAUAGAUGACUAGAGAAUGUUCAUAUUUUAAGUUAGAAUGAAUAUGGUCAAGAAUGUAUGGCUAAAAAUUAGUUAUAAGAAUUUGUUUUACAAGUCAGAACUUGUUCAUGUAAUGAGAAUUAUAGGUACACGUAGAGAACUGCAAUGAUUGAAAAAAAAGUCGGAUUUUGGGCUGAAAAUAUAUGUAGAAAACAUGCACUAUACUGUUGUC